AAUGUAGAGAAUCUCUACAUUCAAUGGUUCAUUUUCAUUUUCAUUUCAUUUUCUUUCUCUCUCCUCUUUCUCUCUCUAUCGUUAAAGCAUCACCGUAGUUGAAAUUCGGGUCAUUUCUGGUAGCAAAAUCAAAACCCCUUUUGGGUUCUUGUCAUUUUUUUCGUUCAAUUUCUUAUCUUUGUAUUCGCCAUCAAUAAAAAACGCAGCUUUCCCUAGAAGAAUCGAAUCCCUAAAUUCGAUUUUUUGUGUGCAAUUCGUUUUUUUUUUUGCCUCCGUGUAAUCUAUCUCGCCGCCAGUUUUUCAUUCAUGGGUGAAAUUGAAGAAAUUGGAGCUGAUGGCUCGGAUUUAGAUGUUGAUGAUGUUAGGUAUCACAAUAUACCGGAGAAAGAUGUCAGUGAUGAGGAGAUUGAGGCGGAAGAAUUGGAGAAGCGGAUGUGGAAGGAUCGCAUCAAACUCAAAAGGAUUAAAGAAAAGCAAAAGCUUGCAGCGCUGCAAGCUGCGGAGAAGCAAAAGCCGAGGCAGUCGUCGGAUCAAGCUCGUAGGAAGAAAAUGUCGAGGGCUCAAGAUGGGAUUCUCAAGUAUAUGCUGAAGCUUAUGGAAGUCUGCAAAGCUCGUGGGUUUGUGUAUGGAAUCAUUCCUGAGAAGGGGAAGCCGGUUAGUGGUUCCUCUGAUAACAUUAGAGCCUGGUGGAAGGAAAAGGUGAAGUUCGAUAGAAACGGUCCUGCUGCUAUAGUCAAGUAUGAAGCGGAGUGUCUUGCUAUGAGUGAGGCUGAAAAUAACCGAAACGGGAACUCUCAGAGCAUGCUGCAAGAUCUACAAGAUGCGACGCUUGGGUCACUGUUAUCUUCUUUGAUGCAACAUUGUGAUCCUCCUCAGAGGAAAUUCCCGUUGGAAAAGGGUGUUCCUCCGCCGUGGUGGCCGACUGGGAAUGAAGAUUGGUGGUCGCAUUUGAAUUUACCUCAUGGUCAGAGUCCUCCUUAUAAAAAGCCACACGAUUUGAAGAAGAUGUGGAAAGUCGGAGUGCUAACCGCUGUUAUAAAGCACAUGUCACCUGAUAUCGCAAAAAUACGAAGACACGUCCGUCAAUCAAAAUGCCUGCAAGACAAGAUGACAGCAAAGGAGAGUUCGAUUUGGCUAGGGGUAUUAAGUCGGGAAGAAGCUCACAUCAGACAGCCUAGUAUUGAUAAUGGUAUUUCUGGAAUAACCGAAACGCUACCUGUUGGUCUUCCUAUUGAGAAUAAGCAACCUGCUGCUAGUAGUGCUAGCAACUAUGAUGUCGAGGGUAUUGAUGAUAACGUCGGUUCUGUUUCUUCUAAAGAAGACAGGUGCGCUCAUUGUAUGGAUACCGAGAAAUCGGAUAACUCGCGAAGGAAUUCUGUCCAAGAUACUGAUCAAGUUAAGAAACAAUCUAGGACAAAAAGACCCCGUUCGAGGUCAAGCGCAGCCGACAAAUUACCAGCACAGUCUGACAAUGAAAUUUUGCAAAUUGAACCUAGAAGCAAAGUGCCGAAUAUGAACGGGACAGAGGAAGCACGUGCUGUUGGACUCCAUAUGCAUGGAAAUGAACAUGUCAAUGGGACAGAUUCUGUUUUGAGACUGACCGAGAAAGGACACGAGGUGCCAGCUCAACCACCGCCACCCGAGUUCAUCAAUCAUUACUCUUAUAUGCAUGCAAACAACAUAGUUUCCUCGGAAAGUGUGUAUAUGAAUAGACGGGCACCAUUGCACUAUGCUCCGUUGCAGAACCCUGACAUGUCUCAUGAAGCUACCUAUAAUCUCUACAAUCCAGUUGCCGGAUAUGAUCCUAAUCACAUUCAGGAUGGGCAGCAUCUGCAGCAGCCUGAUCCCGCUCACAUUGAACCAAUUGGGCCACCAGAGAACGCUGCAAUCUCUAUACCUGCCGAAAAUACCAAAGGCGAUGAAAUUCCCGGUGACAUAAAUUAUUUCGGUAAAGACGCAUUCCAAAACGAGCUCGAUAGGCCUAUUGAUCCUUUCUUUGGAUCUCCAAUCAGCAACCUGUCAUUUGAUUUUGGAGGACUUAACAGUCCACCAUUCCAUAUAGAUGAUUUCAUAGGUGAUGAUGAAAUGAUUCAGUACUUCGGAGCAUAGAACAUUAUCGAAAAUAGUGACUCAGUAGAAGCUAAAUUCCAGCACUUGUUGAAGUUCGAAGGUUCGCACUUGUUGAAAUGGAUGAAGGUAAGAUUCCCGGGAAGGCGCGGAAAGGUGCGAUAAUCUUAAAGUCGAGAAGUCUUGAAUUCGCAGAAGUUGAAGCACCUAUGUAAGAGUAUGAAUUUUGUUCAAUUAAUUUUAUCCCAUUAUCAUAAAUCAAUAUGUUUUGGGUUUCAUGUAAAAAUGCAUCAAUUGUUGUUGGGAUGGUUGAAUAUUUAGUUAAAUUUCUUUUUGGAUAGAGUUGUUGCAAAUACUUCUAAGUUUAAUAAAUUAUCAGAGUUUGUUGUCUUUCA